AUGAUCAUCGAGACCGUCGUGCUCCUGCAACCAUUUUUCUACCCUGCCAACUUCCUCUGUUACACGCAAAACCAAUACCUUCAGGUGAAUGCAAUCUGCAAGGAUCAUUUGCAGCAAGGCUGGUGCUGUCCGAUCAGUGAACAGUCGAAGGGAAAUAUGUCCCCAAAGCACCCAACCUUCCAACAAGUCAAGGUGAUCCAGCAUGUCAUGAUCCCCCUCUGGCAGAAUCCAGAGGGUGAGGUCGACAAUACCACUGCACAGUUGUAUGACCUCUACCACAGUGUGAAUCAACAAAAAGGCAUGCUCGUGCCUCACUGGCAAGGACAACGGUUCGAUACAUCAAUCCUUCAAUCCUAUUACCAUCUUGCCGAUCUGGGGCCCGUUGGCCUUGGUGUCACUUCAUCAAAUCCGAGUACGGUUGACGUACAGCUUACCACGUUCGGAAAAUCUAAUAUCAUAUGCAAAACUUACGCUAGUCAGGUCGCCGUGAAUCAUGUGCUUGGAAAUCCUGACUUGGAGGAUGAGGUAGCGAUCAAUUGUCAGAUAUCUUUCACAAUGCCUUAUGAUCCUGAUAAAAGCUCUGAACAUAGCUCUCGAGGCUCUAGUCGCAAUGACAGUGCUUCACAAAUCCUCGGAGUCAGAGACUCACCAGAUUCUGAAAGAUGGCAUUUCCCCGCAAAUGGUCAAGGAGCAUCAGCUGAUUCGCAAGGAAACUACAUAUACAGUCAAGCCUGCUCUCAAUCAAGAGCGAAACCAGGUCUCGAUGCUCAGGAGACAUUGGAUUCCCAAAGGUCACAAUCACCAACGCACAACACGAGAGAAGAUGCUGAGCAGGAGCAUGAAAAUUUUCCUGUCAAUAUUCCACGGACAAUUUUGAAACGUGCCUUGUCAAGCGACUCGAGCCUUGGCUGCAAAUCUAACAGGCUGCAACAUGAAAAGGCUCAGAGUCGCCGGGACUUUGCUCGCGAUAUCACAAACUCCUCACAAGUAGAACUUCCACCUGCAAAGAAGCGGUGUACCACCGAUAACGGGGACAAAGAGAGACUCGCUGGGUUAGGAAAAGAAAUCGUUAUGAUACUCCAAGAGCAAACUGCUCUCCUAGCACGUGUAUUUGAAGCAGUGUCCCAGUGA